UUAUUACAGACUAAAGCAAAAUGAAUGAGCAUCCAAAGAAAAGGAAAAGGAAGACUCCGCAUCCUUCACGCUACUCAGAUUCUUCAGGAAUUCCAAAAUAUAUAGAUAAUAGUGGCAUAUUUUCUGACCAUUGUUACAGUGUCUGUUCCAUGAAACAGCUAGACCCCAAAGUUCCUGAUAACCGAGGUCGAUUUCAUAACACGGCGCCUAGUACAGAUGCCGAUGAGGAUGGCAGCCAGGUGUAUGCUGGGACAUCUCAGUGGAGUGGGAUCCAGUCUAAUGUUCCGGGGACGCAUUUGAUGGACCCUAAGAAAAAAGAUAAAAACAACAAUAACGGCAUUUUUAAAGAUUCGUGCGAGUCCCCUAUCUUCAGUGACAGUUUAACAGAAGAGGAGAAACCUUUGGAUAUUCAAACUGUAGAGAUCUCCACUACUGAAGUCCAGGCUGUAGAGGUCCACGACAUUGAAACUCAGACCAUUUCCCCUGAGAAGCUUGAAGCAGAGGAUGCAGAGGAAAUCCCUUUUGCAAGUUGCAAAGGGCUUGACAAAAACCCUCCUUUGAACGUCAUCAUUCCGCCCAAAUGGCCCCUGCUCCGGGCAAACAGCAGCGGUUUGUACAAAUGUGAACGAUGCACAUUUAACAGUAAAUAUUUCUCGGACCUGAAGCAGCACGUGGUUCUAAAGCAUAAAACCUGCCCUGAGGGCAACAUCUGUCGGGUGUGCAAGGAAAGCUUCUCUUCCAAAAAGGUGCUUAUUGAACACUUGAAAAUCCACGAGGAGGACCCCUACAUUUGCAAAUAUUGUGACUACAAAACCGUGAUGUUUGAAAACCUGAGCCAGCAUAUAGCAGAUACGCAUUUUAGCGACCAUCUUUACUGGUGUGAGCAAUGUGAUGUUCAGUUCUCUUCCAGUAGUGAGUUGUACCUCCAUUUCCAGGAGCACAGCUGUGACGAGCUGUACCUGUGCCAGUUCUGUGAGCACGAAACGAGCGACCCUGAGGACUUGCACAGCCAUGUGGUGAACGAGCACGCAGGCCGGCUGAUAGAGCUGAGCGACAGCUACAACAGCCGGCAGCCCCAGGGCCAUUACAGUCUGGUCAACAAAAUCAGCUUUGACAAGUGCAAGAACUUCUUUGUGUGUCAAGUGUGCGGCUUCCGCAGCAGGCUUCACACCAAUGUCAAUCGCCAUGUGGCGAUAGAGCACACCAAAAUAUUCCCUCAUGUUUGUGAUGACUGUGGGAAAGGCUUCACAGGCAUGUUGGAAUAUUGCAAACACUUAAACAGUCACCUGACUGAAGGCAUUUAUUUGUGUCAGUAUUGUGAAUAUUCAACAGGACAGAUUGGUGACCUCAGAAGCCACUUGGACUUCAGGCAUUCGGCUGAACUGCCUCACAAGUGCACUGAUUGUUUGAUGAGGUUUGGUAAUGAAAGAGACCUUUUGAGUCAUCUUCAGAUACACGAAACUGCUUGAUUGUGGUUGUGUGAAUUUUCUCAUCUAUCCCAGAAUAAUAGCAUUUCAGAGUUUCCAUCAGUGUAAAAGGCUGCUGAGCCUCAGGAUAGUGUAUUUCAUCAAACUUUUAAUGCAUAAUAAACCACUUGUCCAGUUGUCUGGAAGCAUAGCAUUAAGCCCUAUGAUGGAAAUAAACAACCAACCUGC